AUGUCAAGGAAGAACUACUCAGCGGUGACCGAGUUUAUUCUGCUGGGACUGACGGACAGAGCGGAGCUCCAGUCUGUCCUUUUCGUGGUGUUCCUGGUCAUCUACCUGAUCACGGUGACCGGCAACGUGAGCAUGAUCUUGUUGAUCAGGAGCUACUCAAAGCUUCACACCCCGAUGUAUUUCUUCCUCAGCCACCUCUCCUUCGUAGAUCUCUGCUAUGCCACCAACGUCACUCCUCAGAUGCUGGUUAAUUUCUUAUCCAAGAGAAAAACCAUUUCGGUCAUUGGUUGCUUCCUACAGUUCCACUUUUUCAUUGCCUUGGUGAUCACAGAUUAUUAUUUGCUCACAGUGAUGGCUUACGACCGCUACAUGGCCAUCUGCAAACCCCUGCUCUAUGCUAGCAAGAUGUCCAGACGUGUCUGCAUCUCGCUCGUUGUGAUUCCUUACACGUACGGCUUUGCAAAUGGCCUGGGGCAGACCAUCCUGAUGCUUCGGCUCUCCUUCUGCGGCCCCAAUGAAAUCAACCACUUCUACUGCGCAGACCCUCCCCUCUUGGUCCUGGCCUGCUCGGACACUCAUGUAAAAGAAACUGCCAUGUUCGUGGUGGCCGGGUCCAACCUCACCUGCUCCCUCGCCAUGAUUUUCGUCUCCUACGUGUUCAUCUUCACAGCCAUUCUGCGCAUCCGCUCCGCUGAGGGGAGGCGCAAGGCCUUCUCCACCUGCGGGGCCCAUCUGACAGCUGUCACUGUCUUCUACGGGACGCUGUUUUGCAUGUAUCUGAGGCCCCCUUCGGAGGCGUCUGUAGAGCAGGGGAAAGUGGUAGCUGUGUUCUAUAUCUUCAUGAGUCCUAUGUUAAAUCCUUUGAUCUACAGUCUGAGGAACAAAGAUGUGAAAGAAGCAAUCAGGAAAGUUACCCGAAAGAAACUGUUUGCUAAAUAA